GCACUUUAACAGCACGAGCUAACGACAAACUUCCUCAUCUACGGUACCUUUACACGAUAUAGCAUUGAAGAAAUGGCGGAUAUAAGGCGUGUACUUGUAAUUUACGUUGGCGGAACCAUUGGAAUGAAGAAAAAAAAUGGUGUGUAUGUUCCUGAGCAGAACUACAUGGUAGCGGAAAUCAGAAGAAAUCCUACAUUGCACGACGAGAGUUACGCAAAAAAGACGAGCCUUGAUAAAAACACUCUUGCAUUACCAGAGUCAAACGGUAUACGCGUCGUAUACACUAUCAAAGAAGAUAAGGAGCUCAAGGAUUCCAGCAACGUCAACGUUCAGGACUGGAUCGACAUGGCCACGGAUAUCAAGACAGACUAUGAUAAUUAUAUUGGUUUCGUCAUCAUACAUGGAACAGACACCAUGGCAUACACCGCUUCAUCGCUUUCCUUCAUGAUUGAGAAUCUGCACAAACCAGUCAUCAUCACUGGCUCUCAAAUCCCUCUUGCUGAGCAGCGCAGCGAUGGCUGGAGUAAUCUUCAUGGUGCGAUCUACAUUGCUGGCCACUACAAGAUCCCUGAGGUAGGAUUGUUCUUCAACAAUAAGCUCUUCCGUGGAAACAGGUGCUCCAAGAAGUCCAGUGAAAGUUUUGAUGCUUUCAUCUCACCUAAUUUCCCUCCACUUCUUACCAUGGCUGUGGAAGUAGAUGUCAGAACUGACCUCUUCUGGGAGAUGGGAGAUGGAAAUGAGUUCAUAUUUAACUCUCAUAUGAAUCGAAAUGUUGCCAUAUUUCGUGUAUUUCCAAGCAUAACUGAAAAAACGCUUCAAUCAUUCUUACAAGCACCAAUGGAAGGAGUUGUAUUACAAACAUAUGGGGUCGGCAACUUUCCUGACAAUCGACCCGAAUUGAGGGAAAUUCUCCAAAGAGCCCGACAAAGGGGUGUUAUCCUGUUGAACUGCACCCAGUGUCCCGAAGGCGGAUUGUCUGAUUCUUAUGCCACGGGAAAGGUACUGACUGAUGCAGGUGUCAUUCUUGGCGAUGACAUCACACCCGAAGCUGCACUCAGCAAACUCGGUUACGUUCUCGGGAAAACGAGCAAUCGAGAGGAAAGACUCCAAAAACUCGAAGAAAAUUUACGUGGGGAAAUAACCCAAAGACGAAUUGACCGGCAUGACUAACAAGAUGUGAAAAAGUCAUGGACAAUAUUAAUAGAAGCUUUAUACAUACAAUGAAUACUGUUUAAAUGAUCAUUCAGGGGUCGCAGAACAGUUUUUUUUUUUGUUAUUGAAAGAUCUUUGAAAUGCUUUGAAAAGACAUUUCUCAAGAAAAUCUGCGUAACAUUAAUUAAACAUUAUUCCCCCUUAUGUUAGACAUUAAAUAAACGUCAUUAUGAUAUCAAACAUAUGUUUUGAUGGCCUGACAAGAAAACAUUUAAAAGACAUUUUUCAAAAAUGUUAUUAAAACAUCUUAUCAAAAUGUCCAAUCCUAAUAAAAUGACUUGAAAAAAACAUAUCUCAUAAAUAAUAUUUAUGUUAAUAAUCAAAUAUGUUUCAAGGAAGGCCAUCGAACAUCAAAUCACAUAUUUACAUUAAAGACAGUCUUAGACAAAUACGUGAGAACGCAUAAGAUGGAAAGUGUAAUAUAUAUUUGUGUUUUGUCGAUCUGCGAAAAGCAUUUGACAGUAUAUGGAAGAAUGGUCUGUUCUUAUAAAAUGUUGAAAUAUGGUAUAGGAGGCAAUUUUUAUGAGAUUGUAACUUAUAUGUAUAACAAGUGGAAUGCCUCUGGCCGUCUCACCUGCAUCACGCGAUUCAAUAUAGCAGCAGUGCUGAUUUUGAAAACUACUAUAACUCGCACAAGAUGUUCAGUGAUACUUGGUUACUCUUAUUUCCACGUUUUAUGAACUAGACCAAUACACUUACAUGUAUAGAGAUAUGAUGGCAAUUCAACAAAUACCCCCAACGUGGCCAAAGUUCUUUGACCUUACAUGACCUUUGACCUUGAUCAUGUGACCUGAAACUCGCACAGGAUGUUCAGUGAUACUUGAUUACUAUUAUGUCCAAGUUUUAUGAACUAGACCAACACACUUUCAAAUUUAUGGCUGUAAUUCAACAAAUACCCCAAUUUGGCCAAAGUUCAUUGACCCUAAAUGACCUUUGACCUUGAUCAUGUGACCUGAAACUUGCACAGGAUGUUCAGUAAUACUUGAUUACUAUUAUGUCCAAGUUUCAUGAAUCAGAUCCAUAAACUUUCAAAGUUAUGAUGGUAAUUCAACAGAUACCCCCAAUUCGGCCAAAGUUCAUUGACCCUAAAUGACCUUUGACCUUGGUCAUGUGACGUGAAACUCAUGCAGGAUGUUCAGUGAUACUUGAUUAACCUUAUGUAUAAGUUUCAUGAACUAGGUCCAUAUAUUUUCUAAGUUAUGAUGACAUUUCAAAAACUUAACCUUAGGUUAAGAUUUUGAUGUUGAUUCCCCCAACAUGGUCUAAGUUCAUUGACCCUAAAUGACCUUUGACCUUGGUCAUGUGACAUUUGAAACUCAGGCAGGAUGUUUAGUAAUACUUGAUUAACCUUAUGGCCAAGUUUCAUGAACUAGGUCCAUAUACUUUCUAAGUUAUGCUGUCAUUUCAAAAACUUAACCUCAGGUUAAGAUUUGGUGUUGACGCCGCCGCCGCCGUCGCCGCCGCCGUCGCCGCCGCCGCCGCCGUCGGAAAAGCGGCGCCUAUAGUCUCACUCUGCUAUGCAGGUGAGACAAAAACUAAAGUUGAGUGUAAAGCUGUAUAAAGGGAUUACUGAGAGUUUUGGACGCAAUUGUGGUGUAAAACAAGGAUGUACAUCAAGUCUCACCCUUUUAAACCUCUAUCUAAAUGACUUGCCUCAACUGAUCCAGUUGAGUUGAAUAGAAAGUUAGUCAACUGUUUAAUGUAUGCAGAUGACAUUGUAUUGGUAUCAAAAUCAAGGAGUGGAAUGCAAACAUUGUUAAAUAGACAUGUAUUUGCUGUGAUAAAUGGAUGUUGAAUGUUGAUACUGACAAAACAAAAAUGAUUUGUAACAAGAAUGGAAAAAAUUUGAAAGAUCAGGCUUUCGAGGUAAAUGGACAAAGCAUUGAGGCUGUUAGGUUUGGUUUUCAAUAACUGCGGUUCAUUCAAAGAUACAAGAGUUGAUUUGGCAGAUAAAAUCAAGAGAGUAUUAUUCAAAUUAUUUCAAUCCUUCUGUUAGAAUCUUCCAAAUAUAAAAACCGCAUCACGAAUAUUUGACUCUUUAAUAAAGCCAAUACUCCUAUAUGGUUCGGAGGUAUGGGGCGCUUUUACCGUCAACUUUGAAAAGUUAGCGGAGCUUGUAAAUGGUAAUUCAAAGUUGUAUUUGAGAAAUGAAAUUCAGAGUGUCCAGUUUCAAUGGUUGAGAAAUGUCUUAGGAAUUUACAAAAGAAGCAGCCACUUAGCAAUACUUGCAAUACUUACCGUCAACUUUGAAAAGUUAGCGGAGCUUGUAUAUGGUCAUUCAAAGUUGUAUUUGAGAAAUGAAAUUCAGAGUGUCCAGUUUCAAUGGUUGAGAAAUGUCUUAGGAAUUUACAAAAGAAGCAGCCACUUAGCAAUACUUGCAGAAGUUUGAAUGUAUCCAUUGAUAACACAAAUUAGCGGAAACUUGAGAAAAUAUUAUCACCGAAUGAGAAGUAUAGAUGAAGAUUCUUUGCUACAUCUGAAGAAACAAAAAGAUAAUUGAGAAUAAUUGCGAAUGCUGGCUAGGAAAUCUGCAACACCUUCUUAAGGGAUUUUACAUAUAUUUGGAUGUGAAAAAGAAUUGUUUAGAACUAGGUGAUAAAGUCGAUAGUGAUAGAGUAGUUACUGUAG